CAGGAAUGUGCGUGCAGGAGCAGACAGGUAUGGCGGCAACCAGGAUGCAGACCAGGAGCGGACACAGGAGAGUAGGUGUGGCAGCUGGCAGGUAUGGCGGUAACCAGGGUGCAGACCAAGAGCGGACACAGGAGCGUUGGUGCGGCAGCAGGCAGGUAUAGCGGUAACCAGGAUACAGGUAUGUAUGUGCGGCAGUGUCAGACUAGCCGGGUCAGGAUAAAUCGAGCGAAUCAGGUACAAGGGAGCAGGCAAGCGGAUAGUCAGGGAUAAGCCGGGUCAGUGCAGGCGGAGUUCUUUCUUAGUCAGGGUCAUAUCAGAUACAGGCAACAGAAUCAGGUUAUGAAGUGCACAAUGUU